AUGUACAACCAUUUCGAUGAAGAAAGCAGAAUGAGUGGCUCCUUCCGCGACUGGCGUAAGGCGCUUCGGACCCCUGCAACAUACAGAGUGGGCAACGCCGUGAGAAUACAAGCACAGUUUGUGUUACUAAUCAUAGUCAUAGGUGUGUGCCUCCUCAUGUUAUUCUAUUACAAUUGGCUGCAGACUACACAAGGGCACACACCCACACUAUGGAUGUCUACAAUCAGAUCUUAUAAUAAAACCUACCCACUAACAUUGCCAUUCGUGUCUGAAGACUUAGUCACAUUCCGUAUUGCCAUUGUGGCUGAUUUAGACAAGAAUUCUAAGAGUAAUACAGAUAAAAAUACUUAUUAUAGCUUUUUGAAAAAAGGAUAUUUAAGUUAUAACCGAGUUAAGGACCAUGUGUCUAUUUCUUGGGACGCACACAGACCCGUAAUGUUGACGUCAACAUAUUCACACAAGGGAAGGGGAAUGGAAUUGUCAGAGUUGAUUGUGUAUGAUGGCAGACUACUUACUUUUGAUGAUAGGUCUGGCAUGGUUUUUGAGAUUAUUGACAACAAAAUAGUGCCAUGGGUGAUAUUGUCAGAUGGUAAUGGACAUGUUGAGAAAGGUUUUAAGUCCGAAUGGGCCACAGUGAAAGAUGAUAUCCUCUAUGUGGGCUCUAUGGGUAAGGAGUGGACUACAGCCGCUGGGGAUUUUGAAAACUUUGAUCCUAUGUGGGUGAAAGCAAUAAAUAUAUAUGGAGAGGUACAGCAUUUACCAUGGGUGAACCAAUAUAAAUCAAUAAGAAGCUCCAUUGGCAUACAUUGGCCAGGGUACAUGAUCCAUGAAUCAGGCGUAUGGUCUCCACAUAAUCAGAUGUGGUACUUUUUGCCAAGACGGUGCAGUCACGAGUCCUAUAAUGAAACCAAAGACGAACUUAUGGGGUGUAAUUAUAUGAUAAUGGCUGACAGCAACUUUAAUUAUAUUAAAGCUAAAGAGAUAACAAAACUUCAACCGAAGUUUGGCUUCUCGUCGUUCAAGUUUAUACCAGGAUCAGACGACGAAGCAAUAGUCGCGCUAAAAACGACGGAGUUUGAAGGGAAAACAGCUACGUACAUAACUGCAUUUAAAACGGACGGAAAAGUUCUACUGCCCGACACCAUUGUAGAGAACCUCAAGUACGAGGGAAUUGAGUUUAUAUGAUAGGGAAAACUGAUAAAUCAAUAUAGAUCAUUGUGUACAUAUGUAAAUUAUGUCAAAA